CGAGUGAUCGAGUCAGUUUCGCACGAACAACACGCGCGAGUAAACGCUUCCCUCGUGUUUCAGUUGAUCGUCGCAGCUCGUGCACGACGCAUGGUCGACGUAGUGACACUGCACUGAAAUUUCAAAUAAUCCGAUCGCAUAAUCCAUCAGUCCACUCCUCUCUUUUCCUUUAAACUUUUUUAAAAACCAUUCAAUCGCACGAUCUUCUAAACACGGUGGUAAUUGUUGAAUGAAAGGUUUGUUCCCCGUUUUAAAAUAGUUUGAAAUUGGCGGGAAAGCGCGGUAUUUGAGUUUCGAGAACAGUUGAUCGCUGUGUUGAAGCGUUUUGAAACAAAAGCGUCGAUGCAUUACAUUUGACGGGAAAGGAGAGGAAUCGAAUCUCCAGAAACAUCUGUUCGUUGCGAUACAGGAAAGAUAACACAUUAACGAACAUAAAAAGUGAACGUAUCGCAAAGAAACAAAAUAGCCGCACAGCCAGACAGUGAUAUGAAGAAUACGCAAAACAACAGUUAUGCGGAAGUGAAUGGCAAGCAAGUCUCAAACGGGAAGGAGGAAGUAGUCGACAAUGGCAAUGAGGUCGAUGCCGUGCAAGAAGCUAUCGGGAAUCUUGGCAGAUGGCAGAUUUACGUCUGUCUGGCAAUUUCGUUGGUUAAAUUCCCAAUAGCUUGGCACCAGCUCGCGAUCGUCUUCACGGCGCCACACCAGGACUACAACUGCACCUCGCCAGCUCGUUCAGAAACGUCAGAUCAGUGCAUAGUCAAUGUCAAUGGAACAUUGGCACAAUGUACGGAGUGGGAAUACGACAGGAGUAUGUUCACCGAGACCAUAAUAUCUCAGUGGAAUUUAGUAUGCAGUCGAACACAUUACGCCAAUAUCCAACAAUCAAUUUUGAUGUUCGGCGUACUUCUGGGCAAUAUUAUAUUCGGCAAUUUAGCAGAUAGGUAUGGCAGAAAGAUGCCAUUGAUGAUAUCCGUAGUUCUUCAACUGGUUUCCGGUAUCGGAUGCGCUGUUGUGCCGUGGUUUCCGGCACUCUUGUUAAUGAAAUUAAUUAGCGCUUUGGCUACUGGAGGUACAAUGGUUACUAGUUACGUUAUUUGUAUGGAAAUAGUUGGUACAAAAUGGCGAGCAGCCAUAACAGUACUGUACCAAAUUCCAUUCAGCUUAGGCCACGUGUCGUUGGCUGGACUCGCAUUUUUGUUCCGCCAUUGGCAACAUCUUCAGAUGGCUAUCACGCUUCCCUCUAUCAUCCUUCUAAGUUAUUGGUGGAUCGUUCCCGAAUCACCAAGAUGGUUGCUCGCAUUUGGGAAACAGCGUGCGGCUUGCAAGAUUCUCCAAAAAGCGGCCAACAUUAACAAUAUACAAAAUAAAGACAUUCCAGAGUUGGUCAGACAACACUGCCUACAUCAGAACUCCAAGAGAUCGGAUUUAGAUCACAAAGCAUCCUUCAUAGACCUGUUCCGCACUCCCAACAUGAGGAUAAAAUCGCUGUCGAUCUUUUUCAACUGGAUAGUCUGCGGCAUGGGCCUAUUCGGAAUGUCGCAGUACAUAGGACAAGUCGGUGGAAACAUUUUUAUCAAUUUCACCGUUUCCGGUGCUAUUCAGAUACCUGGCAACUUCGUCGCUUGGUGGGCAAUGAACAAACUCGGUCGAAAGAUCACGUUGAUCUGUAGCCACUCGAUCACAGGUGUCUCCGCUCUCUUACUCAUCGUAGUUUCAAAUAAUGUCGCGUGGCUUCGAUUAAUUCUAGUCUGCAUUGGCAUCGUUGGUAUGUCGGUCUCAUUCACCACUGUUUAUCUAUUUUCUGGUGAACUGUUCCCAACAGUGAUUAGGAAUAUUGGGGUCGGCACUAGCAGCAUGUGUGCCAGAAUCGGCUCCAUCUUGGCGCCUUUCGUGGUGUCUUUGGAUCUUAUUCAAACUUGGCUGCCACCGGCUUGUUUCGGAAUUCUACCUCUUAUUGGUGCUGCUCUUUGCUUUUUAUUACCGGAAACUGUAGGCUGCACGCUUCCGGAAACGUUAGAGGAUGGUGAAAACUUUGGAAAGAAACUCCAGAAGAUCAAGAAAUACCCCAAGGACAUCGAAGCAGAGGCGGCACUUUGAACAAAGACUGCAAUAAUUAUUAAAGAAAAGAAGAAAAUUAUCGAAAGGUAUAGAAACGAUAAAAAAUGAAAAACUGUAAAAAUCGCAAAGGAAACAUAUCGAAAUUUUCGUAAAAUAAUUAGGUGUAUAUAUAAGUAAUACUGAGAUCAUUCCGCGUUCUUAUUUAUUACAUUAAUACAUUCACGAUUUUAACUGCAUCGAGGGAUCGUUUUCUUCGCACAAACAUAUCGAGUUCAUAUUUUAGUGAAUUCCUUUGUCCAUUCGUGCCUAAUAAACUUAAUCGAUACACUGUUCUCUUUGGUUAAAAAGUUCGAUCUUCUCGUUUUUUUAAAUAUUUUAAAAUAGACGAAAAACAAUGUAUUUUUAUAUCUUAAUCAAAAUUAACUUAAAAUAUAUGUUUUAUACGAAUUUAGAAAAUUACGUCGUUAGUAAAAAAACAUGAAACUGUUUCAGUUUUAAAAAAUAAGUAAUUAAUGUUUAAAAGCGUUAGGGCAAUUCGACUGAAGAGGGCAGUGUGUAGCUUUGUUUACAUGUAAAGAAGAAAUUUAGCAGAAAAAUAUUCCAACUCGUUAGGAUAUUUGUGAUAUCUCGCUUUCAGAGAGCUAAACAGUGUCGUUUACUCGAUUGUAACAAUUACAAGAGAACCGUGCCUUGUAUCAUUUAUAUGCGAAUGUAUAAAAGGAAAAUAGAUCUUGUAUUUUAUAAAAUGGAUAUGUUAUUCUUCAGCAUCCAUUCCUCGUGUGUACCAUGUGUCAAGAAAGUGUCUGGCUACUAUAAUAUUGAAAAUAAGUUCUCAGAAAGUCAUUCCUAACUGUGUAUUGUACAUAUGUAUAUUUUCCUUGUACAUAAAGAUUUUAAACAGAUUUUCUGAAACCCUUACUCACUAUCUUAAUAAGCGUAAUAAUUUCAAAAUAUUUGAAAGUGAUGAUUUCGAAACAUUGUCAAUAGACAGUAAACUCUUAUUAUAUUGCACAUGGAUAUCCUUGGAGUUUCUUUUGUAAUAUGAAUUUUAAGAAUUUUUAUAUUUUCGAGAACGGCAAUAUGACGAGAGCCUACUGUUACUUUCUACCCUUACAAUUAUCCUGAUAAAAAAUUAUUGCGAAGCUGUAACUACAUCCCUAAAUUUGUCACACCUAUGUUUUUCCAAUUAUCAGACAUUUGAUAUCUAAUUGAAUCAGAAUAUUAUAAAGUUCAAAAUCAAAAUUCCUUAAAAGUCAAAACUUAUUCUAAAGAAACCUUUAACGGUUCUAUAAUGUUACAUGUGUACAAAUUCAAUACACUGCUAUUCUAAAAGCCGCUUCCGCAUUCUUGCCCCUUUAUAGAAUUGUGGGACAUUACCGAGAAAUGUAUUCUUUGCACAUUUCGCAAGUAAAUAUAGUCUGUUUGUAAGAAAGUAUUUAAGUAUUAAACAACCUUAAGUUUAUCGGUUGUUAAACAAUAAGAAAUCCAUACUGCAUUGUAAUACAAUACGUGGUUAUAAAGAUCUCAUAAUUAGAUAAUUAAAGAAACUAAUUAAUCUCGAAUGAAUAAUGUGUUUACAUUUCCGAACUUGUUAGUUACACUAUUUUUUAGAAUUACAUACAAAAUAAUACUCUUAUCGUUAUACUGUAUAUAUCAGAUUAUAAUUAUACAUUGUUGUACUCUUCGUACAACGACGAACAAUAUUUGUACGAACUAUAACUUGUACACACGUCUGAGCCCGUUUGUAAUGUAUUCAAUGUUUACUGUCUAAUAAAUACGUUUAUUGCUCUGC